GGUAGAUAUGCAUGAGCUAGACAACAAAGAACACCAUUCCCCAUGCUCAUUCACAACGACAAUAACAUCCUCACACCAUCAUCAUGGCGGCAACAAUCGACAUGGAAAAGCAGCCUUUGCUAGUAGCAGACAAUAUUGCAACAACGACAGCAGGUGCACACGAGCUAUCCCUCUCCGAACUCCAGCAAAAUGUCUUCAAGGCGCAAAGAGAAUAUAUGAAAGCGUGGAGCCGGACAACCUCUGGCAAAUGGCACAAGCGAAUCAUGCUGGCCGUGACCGCACUUCUACUGCUUUUCGUGGUGUUCUGCUUCGCCAUCAUCGUCCAAGACUCAUUGAGCGAAGACAAUAGCCGGCCAUACUCGAUCAAGGUGCCGUUGGAGGCACAUAUUAUGAGCAAAUGUCCGGACGCGAGGGAUUGUCUGCACGACAUGAUCUUGCCAGCAAUGCAGAACAUUUCGCAUAAGGUAGACUUCAAGCUGUCAUACAUCGGAAGCAUAACCGACCACGACGAUGGCGUGCUUUGCAAACACGGGGAGACCGAAUGCCUAGGCAACAUCAUCGAACUUUGCGCCGCACACCUCUACCCAGACCCGAAGAUUUACCUCGGAUUCACCAUGUGCAUGUCUCGCGAGUACUCCGACAUCCCUUCGCGGACGUUGGUCGAGGACUGCGCGCUCGAGCAUGGCAUCUCGAUGGCCAGGCUCAACCAAUGCGCGGUUGACGACGACGGUGCAAUGGGGCUGGACAUGCUGAAGGCGAGCUUCAAUCGCACAGCUACGGCUGGUGUGACGAAGAGCUGCACAGUUAGGCUGGAGGGUGAGGUGCGGUGCAUACGGGAUGGAGGCGAGUGGACAGAUUGUGAAGGUGGAAGUAGCGCGGCGGACCUGACUAGGGACGUCGAAGCUGCGGCGAAGGCGAGGUGGGAGCAGUUUGCUGCCUAGGAGGCUUGGCAGUUGUUGAUGUGAACGUGGAAUGCUUGUUACGGAUGGAGUCUGGGCAUUGGGAGCGGAGUCGAUGAGUCGAUGUAGCUCAUGCAUUUAUGUGGCGUUCAGGCAUUCAAGGCUCAUGAUGGAAUGGCAUGGCAUACGAACGCUCAGUCGAGCUACGACUUCCGACGGGCCAGCGUUGCUCGCGUAACGACAUCAUCGUGAUUGAGAGAUCAGAACGACCUUUCCGCUCUUGUUGUGUUGCACGUUCACCGUCCGCCUCCCUGCCUCCCCUUGUUGCCCAUUUGUGAUCCUAUUCUUGUGGGUUUACACC